ACCAUAGAUGGCAGUAGUGUACAUAAACACUGUUCAAUGUACUUUUACAAAAUAAAGCUCUGCCGGUCAGAUAAUGUUUUGUGUUUGUUAACAGAAUAUAUCUGAUUUUACGCUGUUGGUGAAGGUGAAACCUCUGUCUCAAAUGUAAAAAUGGAUUAUGAUGAUGUAUUCGUCUUGGAUAAUGGGGCGUGUACUGCGAAAGCUGGUUUUGCAUCAUCAGAUGACGCCAGAAUAAUUCCAAACUGUAUUAUGAAAGCAAAAAGCGAAAGAAGAAGACCUUUCAUCGGAGAUCAAGUAGAGGAGUGUAGGGAUGCAUCAGGUUUAUUUUACAUCUUGCCCUUUCAAAAGGGUUACUUAAUUAAUUGGGAUGUUCAGAAAAAUAUCUGGGACUACAUUUUUAGUGCUGAAUGUUUACCUGUCAACUUCCCAGAAACUCCUGUUGUUAUUACUGAGCCAUAUUUUAACUUUAACUCCUGUAAGGAAGCAAUGACAGAAAUCUUUUUUGAAGAAUAUGACUGCCACUCUCUUUUGAGAAUAAAUGCUGGAGACCUGUCCAGUUAUCAUUAUUUCAAUACAAACCAAAAUUCAUUGUGCUGCUUAUUAGUAGAUGUUGGUUAUAGUUUUACACACAUUGUCCCUUAUAUCAAAGGUAAAAAACUGAAAAAUGGUAUUAGGAGAAUAGAUAUAGGUGGCAAAGUUCUUACCAAUCACCUCAAAGAAAUUACUUCAUAUAGGCAACUCCAUGUAAUGGAUGAAACGUAUGUUAUGAAUCAAGUUAAAGAAGAUGCAUGUUUUGUCUCUCUUGAUUUCUACAAAGACAUGAAAAUAGCACAAAAGAGAGGUAAAGAAAACACUAUUGUACGGGACUAUGUAUUGCCAGAUUAUACUUCCAUCCGACGUGGCUAUGUGAAAGACCCAGCUGUUGCUCCGAGUGGGGAAGAGGGAGACCAGCAAACACUUCGGCUCAAUAAUGAGCGUUUCACUGUGCCUGAAUUGCUUUUUAACCCAUCUGAUGUGGGUAUCACACAAAUGGGCAUUGUGGAAGCCAUUGUGGACUCCUUGUCUGUCUGUCCUGCUGAGACUCAUCCUCAUCUGUAUCGCAACAUCAUGUUGGUGGGUGGCUCCACGUUGUUUCCUGGUUUUAGAGAUCGAGUGUGUAAGGAGGUUCGCACCUUGGCCCCAUGUGAUUUUGAUGUGAAUGUCACCCUGGCAAAAAAUCCAAUAACAUACAGCUGGAAUGGUGGUCGGCUUCUGACACAGGACCCAGAAUUCAGUUCCCGAUUGGUUUCAAAAGAUGAAUAUGAAGAUCAUGGCUACAAUAUCUGUUUAGAUCGCUUUGAUGUGUAAGACUAAUAGAAUCUCAUCUGCAUUCUUCCAAGAUAAGCGAGAGACAUUCUAUUACAUUGUAAAUAGAUAUUUUUUAUGAGAAAGCAAAAAUCUUGUAUUUGUAAGAUAAAUAAAUAUAUAUAUCUGUAUUUAUG